ACAAGGCCUUUUCCCUCCCGACAACAGAAUGAACAAGCGGCAUUGUUGCUUAAACAAUUGUUUUAAGGUUCCGCGUUUGGAAAUCGCGCAUAUCCAGAGUAAACUAAUCGGCUGGGGGAUACCGGGCUUGUAUGUUUUUCUCACCUUCUUUCAUUGUGCUAUCCACGGUCCUGUUACAUUGGUUGAACACUGAAGAAAUAAAAUCCGUGGUUGUCCGCGGCAAUCUAACUAGCGACUUCUGUUAAGAGUGGUUGGUACAGAAUGGAGCUGAUAACAAUCCUCGAAAAAACUGUCUCUCCGGGUGAUUAUACAGCUCCAUAUACUCAUCUUUAACAUUUGUUAUGUGAAAAGUUUAGGCCCAGCAACUUGACAUAUCUGUAUUUGAUAACGAUUACGGGUGAGAGUUAAAUCAGAAAAAGGGAGUAGUGAAAUGCCUUGCUAGCUAGGCUGCUAAUGUUACGGCCUAUUCACUCCGCGGAUCCGGCUUCUGUUAUGAACUCGCUAACAUGCUAACUUUUAGCACUGUUAAUAGUUCAAUCUGGGCGGCAUUGAUGGAGCUGCCAGUUGUCAAAAUGUAUUAUCCGUUGAAAAAGUUGUCACCCACAUAGUUUGUCAUUUUGAUGUCAUGUUUUUACUGGGUUGAUACGUUUAGUUACCUAUCAAUUAACUUGGCUAGCCAGCCACUCAUGUGCAAUUAAGUCGUCCCUGCCUUGCACGCCAGCUAACUUUACAGUCUAGAUUACUAGCUAUGUAAUGUAGUUAGCAUGUGCCGAUGUGAAAAAAUAGAAUAGGGCCUGUACUCGAUCAUGUAAACCUUAUUAGGUCGUAUACGCUAGCUAGCUAGUGAAGUAAACACUUGUGCAUUGUCCGUGGUGAUGUAACUUGGACAGCUAACUAUGUUAGCUAAAGUUGGAUAUGAGUUGGUUAGCUCGAUGGCUAACUCAAUCUUUGGCAUCAAGUAACUAUCCGCUAGUGACCAAAGCAUCCCCGGGAGCCAGCAUGUUGCAUGACAUGGGUCACCUUUCUAACGAAUCGAAAUGAACUGGAGGCGGCACAGAAGUUUCUGGAGCAGGCGGCAAUUGAGAAUUUGCCCACGUUCCUGGUGGAGCUCUCCAAGGUGCUCGCCAACCCUGGCAACACCCAGGUGGCUCGUGUGGCCGCAGGGCUGCAGGUGAAGAACUCGCUCACCUCCAAAGACCCGGACGUGAAGACGCGUUACCAGCAGAGAUGGCUGGCCAUCGACGCCAACGCCCGGAGGGAGAUCAAGAACUUUGUUCUGCAGACCCUGGGUACGGAGACGUACCGGCCCAGCUCGGCCUCCCAGUGCGUGGCCGGCAUAGCCUGCGCAGAGAUCCCCGUCACACAGUGGCCCGAGCUCAUUCCCCAGCUGGUGGCCAAUGUGACGGACCCCAGCAGCACCGAGCACAUGAAGGAGUCCACCUUGGAGGCCAUCGGAUACAUCUGCCAGGAUAUAGACCCUGAGCAGCUGCAGGACAACGCCAACCAGAUCCUGACAGCCAUCAUCCAGGGCAUGAGGAAGGAGGAGCCCAGCAACAACGUCAAGCUGGCUGCCACCAAUGCGCUGCUCAACUCACUGGAGUUCACCAAAGCCAACUUCGACAAAGAGACGGAGAGGCACUUUAUAAUGCAGGUCGUCUGUGAGGCCACGCAGUGCCCAGACACCAGAGUGAGUAUUGUACGAGUGGCUGCCUUACAGAACUUGGUGAAGAUAAUGUCUUUGUAUUAUCAGUACAUGGAAACGUACAUGGGCCCAGCACUGUUUGCGAUCACAAUAGAAGCCAUGAAAAGUGACAUUGAUGAAGUUGCCUUACAAGGAAUCGAGUUCUGGUCGAACGUGUGCGACGAGGAGAUGGACUUGGCCAUCGAAGCGACUGAGGCAUUGGAGCAGGGCCGGCCUCCGGAGCACACCAGCAAGUUCUACGCCAAAGGAGCCUUGCAAUACCUGGUGCCCAUCCUCACCCAGACACUCACCAAGCAGGACGAGAACAACGACGAUGACGACUGGAACCCGUGCAAGGCGGCGGGCGUGUGCCUGAUGCUGCUGGCCACGUGUUGCGAGGACGACGUGGUGCCUCACGUGUUGCCCUUCAUCAAGGAGCACAUCAAGCACCCCGACUGGUGCUACCGCGACGCCUCCGUCAUGGCCUUCGGCUCCAUCCUGGAGGGGCCCGAGCUCAACCAGCUCAAACCCCUCGUCAUCCAGGCGAUGCCCACGCUGAUUGAGCUGAUGAAGGACCCCAGUGUUGUGGUGAGGGACACCACGGCCUGGACGGUGGGCAGGAUCUGUGAGCUUCUGCCGGAGGCGGCCAUCAACGAGGUGUACCUGGCCCCUCUGCUGCAGUGCCUCAUCGAGGGCCUGGGGGCCGAGCCACGCGUCGCGUCCAACGUCUGCUGGGCCUUCUCCAGUCUGGCGGAAGCCGCGUACGAAGGCACAGAUGCAGCAGAGGAACAGGAGGAGCCUGCCACGUACUGCCUCUCCUCCUCCUUCGAACUCAUCGUCCAGAAACUCCUCGAAACCACAGACAGGCCGGACGGUCACCAGAACAACCUGCGUAGCGCGGCCUACGAGGCCCUGAUGGAGAUUGUGAAGAACAGCGCCAAGGACUGCUACCCAGCCGUGCAGAAGACCACCCUGGUCAUCAUGGAGCGCCUGCAGCAGGUCCUGCAGAUGGAGUCUCACAUCCAGAGCACGUCGGACAGAAUUCAGUUCAACGACCUCCAGUCUCUGCUGUGUGCCACCCUGCAGAAUGUGCUGAGGAAGGUGCAGCACCAGGACGCGUUGCAGAUCUCAGACGUGGUGAUGGCCUCUCUGCUCAGAAUGUUCCAGAACACUGCCGGCUCCGGGGGCGUACAGGAGGAUGCACUCAUGGCCGUCUCAACCUUGGUGGAAGUAUUGGGUGCUGACUUUCAGAAAUACAUGGAUGCCUUUAAACCCUUCCUGGGAAUUGGAUUGAAGAAUUACGCAGAAUAUCAAGUGUGUCUGGCCGCGGUGGGCCUGGUGUGUGACCUGUGCCGGGCCCUGAUGUCCAACAUCCUGCCUUACUGCGACGAGAUCAUGCAGCUCCUGCUGGAGAACCUGGGAAAUGAGAAUGUGCACCGGUCAGUGAAGCCUCAGAUCCUGUCAGUGUUUGGAGACAUUGCCCUGGCCAUCGGCGGAGAGUUCAAGAAGUACCUGGAGAUCGUCCUGGACACGCUGCAGCAGGCGUCGCAGGCACAAGUCGACAAGACGGACUAUGACAUGGUGGACUAUCUGAACGAGCUGCGGGAGGGCUGUCUGGAGGCCUACACUGGCAUCAUCCAGGGCCUGAAGGGAGACAAAGAGAACGUGCACCCUGACGUGAUGCUGGUGCAGCCCAGAGUGGAGUUCAUCCUGUCCUUCAUCCAUCACAUCGCUGAAGACGAGGACCACUCUAAUGGCGUGGUGGCAAACGCCGCCGGACUUAUAGGAGACCUGUGCACGGCCUUUGGGAAGGACGUGUUGAAGCUGGUAGAGCUGCGGCCCCUCAUCAACGACCUGCUGGCGGAGGGCCGGAGGUCCAAGGUCACCAUAACCAAGAUGCUGGCCACAUGGGCCACCAAGGAGCUGCGCAAGCUCAAGAGCCAGGCCUGAUUUCAUGCUUGUUGGGGAUAAGCUAGACAACAAUGAAUACACCCCACUGGAGUUUCUUCUGUCUUUUGCGUCGUGUCCGAGUUAAAGCAGAAGUGAAGCGUGCGCUGAGAUGAGUGUCUGAGAAUGUGAGAGCGAGAGUGAGCGAGGAUCGACGUCACACCACCUUCUGAGUACAAUUCCAGCAGUCGCCGGCAGACCAGCAGCGCCACACCCCUGAACCCCCACCACCACUUCCUUAUUCCCCUCCCCCAAUACCCUCUUCUUCUUCGGCCACCUGUGGACUGAUUCUGACUUGACGACAAGGACUCCACACAAAAACGUGGAUCGCUGUAGCCGGCUAGUUCUAGAACUCUUCUGAAAAACUAAUAUUAGUCUACAACAGGAUCACCAGAGUAGAGAAAAAUGAACUGACAAAUGUGGUUUUCUUUUGAGGGGAAAUUACAAACACAACAUGAUACGAAAGAACUCAACUAUUUUGCUCUUUGACCGAUCUGUGGAAGACUUUUUCCCUUGACUCUUUUUGGUUCCUUCCAGCACUAUAUGGUUGUGGACUUCAAAAAUGGAGAUGGUCAAUUUUACACAAACGUGAACUGAACCGGAAUCUGAGAAAAGCUCACUUUUGGGGUGUUGGAAAUGCGCCCAAAGGAUCACUGCUGGAGUUGAAAGAAGACGGGACGAGCGGGCGGUCUCCACCCCCCUCGUCUCCUACCUCUAGCCUCUCUGCAAUCCUCCAGUCUGCCCCUGCACGGAGCCCCCAGAGCGCGGCAGGGGUAGAGCUGACCAGCCUGGAUGAUGGAGUGUGUCUGUGAGGGAGGCGAUUCACUGUCUCUACCCCCCCUCCCUCCCCGGUUAUUUCAAAUAAAUAAUAAAGCUUGAAGCAAAUUCAGUAAGAUAUAUUUCUGAUGCUGUUUGGGAGAGGGCUGUGGGGGCUUGGUAGAUGACUUAUUAGCAGCACUUGAGUGAAUUGGCAAGAAGGUUUUCUAUAUUUCCUGCAAGAGGAAUCACUGACAAUUGUUCACCUUUUUCUUUUAAUGGCAUCAGUUGUUUCUCUUCAUCUUCAGUGUGGGCUUCUAGAUAAAGACCAUUUCUUGCCAGCCCUGUUAACAAGAAUCGGUGAGGAAUUGUGUUGAGUGCAUCAGGAUCAAUCAAGGCUAGGGAACACUCCCAAGAUAACUACAUUUGACAUGUAACACUGACAUCUUCUUAGUGUUAAGAUGAGCAAGGAGUAGAAAACGAGUGCCAAAUUUAGACUACUCAUCAGGGUAAAAUACAACAAGCAAACACAUACUUGCAUGCAGUUCAGAAAUACAUCUAUAAUUUGAACUAGUGAAUUGGGCUUGUUUCAGUUCCUAUUUGUUGGUUUCUCAGUGCACUUAGUUGGAAAAGGGUCACUCACCAAGCUGUUAAAAUGAGAAUCGAAGACGUUUGUACAAGGUUAUAUUUUUCCAUUGCUAUGAAAAACAAUAAAAUGAUAUCAAACAUUCCCCAAGCAGUUCUGGUACUUUGGUCUGUAUUUUGUUUCUUGCAAAUGUUUGUAAUGCACUGUGAUGACUUCAGUUUCCAUGGCAACACUUGGUUGGUGAGAUCUCUAAACUUCCAAAAAUGUAUUUCUAUAUUGACAUAAUCAAAUCGGGUUCAAUUUAACUUGUCUUCACUGUUUUGUACUGUUUACCUUCUCCAAUACAUAAGCGUUGGAUAUGAGCCAUUUUCCAUUUGAUUUGAGAUUGGAUAUUUUUUGCAGUGACUUUGGUUCUCACACCAGUUUGGAUUGUGUGACAUUGUCCUCAUGGGCUUGGCUAUUUAUGUCAUGUGUUGAAGUUAUAAGAAUUGCAACUUGAAUAUAGAAUUGUGAACAUUAACCUGCUUUUUUCUUCAUAUCCAACCUAGUAAACUAAUAAAAAUCUAUAUUGUA